GAAAGUCCCGUUUCAGACAACAAACAAACAAACAACGCUAGCUGCGCUGGGCCGUUCGGUGAUUUUUAGGACGAAAAUUCGGUAUUUCGUGCGAAAGGAGGAGAAAUACUGAUACGCCUUUCAUCUGCAAACCCAACCAGCCAUUCGUUUCAUAUGCAGGCAAGCGAUUCUUUGUCACCGUUCAGAAGCAACAUGAACGUAUCCAUCGAGCGGAAACGGAACGAUUGUGUUGCGCUACCGAAGGGCUGGCAGCGGGAAGAGGUGCUUCGGAAGACGGGCCUUUCGGCUGGCAAAGUGGAUGUGUAUUACUAUAGUCCAUCGGGGAAGAAGAUCGAAAGUAAGCCACAGCUUGCCCGCGCUCUCGGCGAUACGAUCGAUCUGUCGACGUUCGAUUAUCAGGCCGGACGCACUAUUGCACCGCCGUCGAUGGCCGCAGCUCAGCUGCUGCACACACAUCACCACGGUUCGGGCUACCAUCUGCUGCAGCCACCAAAUAGCAGCGCCCUGCGCAGGAAGUUGCCCCCAUCCGUUCCGCUUGGUGGAACGAACCCACUUAGCGCAACGCCGAUCAGCAGUGGCUGUGGUGUGAAACCACAAUCAUCUCAGUACGAUUACAGCCGUGCGAUGCGCGCCGACACAUCGCUUAUCCCACCGAUCAGACAGACGGCAUCAAUCUUCAAGCAGCCGGUAACGGUCGUACGAUCACAGGAACCCGACAAUGCCAAAGUGAAGCGCGAACUCCAGCACGGGAGCCAGGUUAAACCGAAGCAGCUGUUUUGGGAGAAACGCUUAGAGAAUCUCGGUGCAAGCAACACGCACAAUGAAGAAAUAGGCUCGAUCGAACUACCAAAGCGACUGCGACCGAUAGGACCGGGAAUACGCGAAACGACAGUACUGCAAUCGUUAGCUACGGCCCUGCAUCACAACACACUGCCCGUAACCGGACAGACCGCGUCGAAAACGUCCCUAAACACGAACGCCGGCGUUUUCAUCAAUCCGCACCAACCGCUCAUGACGAACGUGACCAUUACGGAGGAGGAUGUAAAGCGGCAGGAAGAGCGCGUACAGUACGCCCGUUUGCGGUUACAGGAAGCGCUGCGUGCCUAGGCGCGGGAUCGGGGAGCAGAUCGAGAGCACUGACACACAUGCGUUUCCGUAUCGUAUCGGAACGGAACAGCCCAACAUCCAAACCGGUCGUUUAACACUACCUAAACACACUAUUUUACUGCUAGACGUGAUUCUUACUUUUUACCUUAUUCAGAUAAGUCUGUGCGGUGGAAAUACACAUACCAUACUUUGAACUUUUCGUAGCUAGA